AUGUGCAUCGAUGCGCGCAUGCAUGGGGAAGAGGCAGGUGACACUUCAAAAAAAGUCAUGCGUUCUAAUACAACAGAAUUCAAGAGAGACAAGGAUGAUUUACUUCUACCAGUUUUGGAAAAUAAAUACGUGUAUCAAAACAUUGAAUCCGAAUAUUAUCGCAAAACAAUGCAGGGAUUAGCGCAUAAAGGAGGAUUAUUAUCUGGAUUCCAUAAAUUUUUUUUAACGUUGCGACAUAAGUCACGAUUGUCAACUGAUGUUUACACUUUAUUAUUUCUCUGUGAUUUUAUUAGCUUUUUCAUUUUACUGUUUGGAUUUCCUAAAUUUUAUCGUUAUAAAUAUAGCACUAGUGUACUGGAGACGUAUAUUCAAGGAAACAAAGUUCCAUUUACAUUUCUUUUGAUGUUGAUUGUGCAGUUUAUUACAAUUGUAACGGAACGCGCUAUUUAUCUACGAAAAGCACUUAUAUAUAAAAUAUUUUUUCACUUUAUCUCAAUUGUGGGUAUUCAUAUUUGGAUGUUCUUCUUGGUGCCGUAUAUAACGGCACACAGUUUUGGUGAAACUGCCCCUGUUUUAUUUUAUUUAAUAAAAUGCCUUCAUAUGUUACUAUCUGCAUACCAAAUAAGAUGUGGUUACCCAAAACGAAUUUUGGGUAAUGUAUUUACAAAAGGAUAUUCGUUGGUAAACUAUAUAGCUUUUAAAAUUUACCUGGAAAUACCAUUUCUAUAUAUUCUGCGAACUAUGUUAGACUGGGUAUGCAUAGACACAACUCUUACAGUAAUGGAAUGGAUAAAAAUGGAAGACAUUUUCCAGUCGGUAUUUAUUGUACGCUGCUAUAGGCAAAUGGAUACAGAUUUCCCCGUUCUACGAGGUGAACCGAAAGCUUUGUAUUCAAAACUCCUAAUUGGUGGAACAAUUAUAUUAAUUCUCAUUGCCCUGAUAUGGAGUCCACUGUUCCUAUUUGCACUAGUUGGAACAGUUGGUAAGCCUAAUAUACCACGAAAGGCUGAUAUAGCAGUAAAAAUAAAUCAUUAUGAACCAAUAUAUGUAUCUCAAAGCAAUUCCGACAUCCUUCAAUUUUCAAACGCAGAUUUUCAAAAGUUAACUAACCGUAUAAUUUUGAACAACUAUGCAUCGGACUCUAUGAUGCUUUAUGACGCGGUUGAUGUUACCGCUAUUAAAUUUUAUGAAAACUCCAUAUCUCUAUGGAAUAUGCCGCCACCUGAUAAAGAACGUUUAUUACAUGAUUUAAAAAAUGGUGCAAAAUUGGAAAUACACCUAACUCUUACCUUAAAAUGUAAUUUGACACCAGAAGCUGUAAUCUAUGAAACUACUUAUGCACUAACGGAGAACAAAGUACAAACAAGGGAUAAGCUAAUUAGACUUAUGUCUGCCAAUUUUACCAAUGAGCAUGUUAUUGUACCGAACAUUUUACCAAAGUUUCUCACUAUUCAAAGACAACAAGCUAAUGCUAAAUUUAUAAAGGACUAUGAUGGUGACCAAUCCUCAUUGUUCUGGACACAC